AUGUAUCGUAUCAUAGCUUUCAGCCAUCGUUUUCUCUGAGCUGCACCGGUACUUCGUCGUGGUCGUCUCGAUGAUGCUUUAAAAUCCUAUAAUCAAGCAUUAGCUACAAGUACUACCAAUGACGAAUAUGCGUCGGCCUAUAAAAAUCUUGCUGUACUACACGCCUAUCAUGUUAAUAAUCCAGUCAAGAACUUAACAACUGAAAAAGAUGUUCAAUAUUGUCAGAAAGAGUGCAUUAAUUCAUUCGGACAAGCAUACACAUACGGAAAAUUAUGCAAGUCGCAAGAAUGGUUAAGUGUUCUGUAUUGUCAAGUUGAUGAGAUGGUGUAUGACCAGCACGCCGCUACGCUAAACCUGCCUCUUGAACAACGUUUCAAAGUCUUGGAUACGUUCGUGCGUUACUUUGAGUCUACUUCUCUCGCGGGGCAAGAUUCAAUAGCUGUUGUGUACUACACACUAGCUAAACUAUUGUUCAAGAAAGCAAUCAUGAAUUCUGAACAAUCACCUCGACUAAUUUAUGAAUGCCAACCUUAUCUUGAACGAGCUGUUUAUUGGGCAAAAUCGCCGGAUAAGUUUCAAACAGACGAAGUGGCUGAGUUGCGUCAUAGUAUUUGGUUGCAUCAAUGUACGUAUGAAAGCGCAAACGCUCGGCGCGCUGGAAGCCGUAUGUUAGAAGCACAUCUUAAUGGAGAUGAACAUUUGGAUAUGGAUGUGAUUUGGAUAGUCAUCGACAAAUUUCGAGAAUCGAUUUUACUCUCUCGUGAACAAGAUGUUGAAGGUGAAGCAGAAGCUUGGCAUCUUUCAGCCAAAGUUUAUCAAAACGUUUUGAAAAUGACCGACAUCGCAUACACAUAUCACUUACGUUGUGUUACAUUAGCACAAACAAUGGUGCCGCGCAAUUUGACUAGUAUUAGCUGGUACGUAUCAAGCAGCGCUUUUGUUCAGCAAUACCGCCAGCGAAAGGUUCAAGAAGAAGAACUGGCAACUGAAACUGCCACCAAACAAUUACGCCUUGAAUUAGCGUCAGAAUUAGCUGCACUUCAAAAGCAUGCUACAAGUGGUAUUUCUGCAUUUUAA